UUGCCAUGGUUACUAGAAUCUCGGUGAUGUUAUUAUUCAUUUAAUAACAAUAAAAGAAUCCUAAUCAGGUCAUCUUGGUGAUAAUCAGUGGAACUAAUUAACAGGGGGUUAAUUGUAUUGUCUUCAAUUGCCUUCGAGCCACUUUCUUCAAUCUCACAACCAUUUCAAUUGUAAACAAUUAGUGUUUCUGUACUUAAAUACCCACAUCGAGAAAGUGAUUCCUCCUAAUCAACCAAUUUAUCUUUAUUACGAGUGGUAAUUGUUAAAAGAUCAACAUCCUAAAGUGAUUUACCAAUAUUCUUGAUCAUUGAGAUUAUUGUCUUAAUCUCAUUCAUAUGAUAAUCUUAAUACCAACACCAAAAUCUAAUGUUUACCUUUAUCCAUAUGAUAAUAUUAAGAUUCAUUUCUAUUAUCAGGUUUAAAUUUGAUUUUCUCAAUUUAAUUCAAUCAUGGAUUCAAAGUGAAAGAUCAAAAUAACGGUUUCCCUUUGGACAUUUGGAUACAAGUAACAUUAAGGUUACAUUUUUAAUUUUCUUCUGUGUUAACUUGACCACUGUGACUUUUGACCGAUGGAUGAAAUCACUGAAAACGGUAAAACUGUUCAUCGAAAUAUUAAUCUGAAAAAUCUUGAGGUUCACCCAACUGAACAAACUCUUAUAUUAAAUUGUGAACUCGAGGCUUGCCUGUCAACCGAUUCAUGUGAGAAUAGUUUUCUCGAGGUUAAUCGUGAAUUCCAGCGAUACAUUAGAUUGAAAUCUCUACAAGAGACAAGUGAUAUCGAUUCAAUUGUAAGCCAAGUAAUUGCUAAAUCGAAAGGUUUAUUAACAGAAUCGCAUCGAGAUGAAAUAAAACAAUUAAUCGUUUAUCUUAAAAAUCGUUCCAUCCAAUCAGCCGUUCGAGCAACAGCAACAGGGGCAACUUUUGAUUCUUUUCGUCCUAAAACGGCUGGAGGCCGGUUAACCAAUUCCAAUUCCAAUCAACAACAACAACAACAAUUUACAAAUGGACAUAAUGGCGAUUCGAGUAAUGGUCACUUUCAUAGAGCAAGAUUAACCUCAUCAACAUCGGUCAAUUCAUUUCCAUCCAAUGGUCUGGAGAAUCGGAGCUUUGUUAAUCGAGGCGGCGGCUCAUUAGCAUUAGAAUCAAUAUUUUCUGAUAUAAAAAGGUUAAUUAAUCGGUUACCAAUUGAUGAUGCAAAUGAAAAUGUAAACCUAAAUUCAGUUGAUUAUUAUGCAGAACUUUUUUAUGAAGAUAAUGGUAAAAAACUGAAAGGAGCCUCAGCAAUUUACCAAUUAGCACUUAAUCAUGACAAUUUACUUGCCUUGUCAAACAAUGAGCCGCUUCAUCUUGUUCUGGCUCGAUUGUUAAGAGAAGACGGAAGAAAAAAUCUUGACCUGGGAACCAUUUUAAUCGGAAUUUUCGCCAAUUUUUCAAUUUACCGCCAAUUCCAUCCGAUAAUCACCAAGUAUAAAGUGGGUGCUCUUUGCCUGGAGGCUGUUCAGGGGGAAUUGGAACGGGAAGAGAUUCUAUUUGCCGAUUUAGCCGAUAUUCAGGAAGCCAUGAAAAGCGAAUGUCACAGUCUAUCCAAUUCAAUUCAUUCUUCUAUGAGUUAUUCCCAUUUGUCGACAUUAUCAGCACCAAAUUCAGGUCUUUCCAGUUCUCGUCAAUCAUCAGCUGGUUUGACCAGUGAAUACGAAAGGUCACUGAGAAAAUAUCAGAAUCUCGUUGUUAAGCAAAACCUUUUCCUUCGAGCGGCUUACACAGUAUUGUUACACUUAUCAGAGGAUCGAAACAUCGAAAUCAAAAUGGUCAACAAGGGAAUCAUCGGUUGCCUGGUGAAAACACUGGACAGAGAGAAUUGGUUUCAAUUGUUAUUUCUGUCAAUUCAAUUUCUUAAACGUCUCUCUGUUUAUGAGGAAAACAAAGAUUCAAUUCUAUCAAUGGGAAUUGUUGAUAAACUAUCAACUAUCCUGGAGAAUCAAAUUACCUCAUCAUCCAUUGGACAUUUGAUUAAUACGCUUGAAUUGGUUUACAAUUUAUCAUUUGAUUCUAAAUUUAGAUCGUCAAUCAUUCACAACAAUUUGGUAUCAAAGAUUUUCUCCUUUCUACCUCGAGCAAUUAAAUCACAAUCACAACCCUCAUCAACCAAUGGUAACAAUUUAUCAUUCACUGGAAAUAACAUCUCAAGUAACAAUCUAAUUUUGGAGAAACUAAUUUACCAGAUAAUUUAUUUACUAACAAUUGAAAGUAAACAUCGAGUUCUAGUAACCCUUUCAUUGGGCCCUGAUCGAAUCCAUUUAUUAACUGAUCGAGUGAUUAAGCAUUUAAAUGAUCCAAAGAAAUGCUUCCCGUUUACCGAGUUAAUUGGUUUAGUAAUUAAUCUGUCAACUAAUCGACGAAAUGCCCAAUUAAUUUGUGAUAAAGAUCGACUUAAACGUCUACUAGAUCAUAUUGUCACUCUUUUAAUCAAUGGACAACAAUCAGUGACUCAAGACGAUAUUAUGAUUCUUAAAUUAAUUCGCAAUUUAUCCCAACAUGAGGAUUCUUACAAAAUGAUUUACCUUGAUUAUUUGGAAUCAUUAGUUUCUCUGUUAGUUAAACGAUCACCUCAACUAAUUGAUUCAACCAGUCAACUAUUACUGACUCAAGGUAAUCAACAACAACAGUUAAUCAAUGAAGAUAAUAAUCUUAAUUGUGAUUCAAUGGUUUCCAUUGAGAUACUCGGUAUUCUUGGUAAUAUGAUUAACCUUCCGGGUGUUGAUUGGUUAACCCUUUCAAGUUCAAAGGGUUUAUUCAAAUGGAUUUCCAGUGUUUUAUCAACCAGGAGAAAUUCCCAUGAAGAUGAUCUGAUUCUUGAAUGUAUCCAAGUGAUUUCGUGUCUAAUUAACAAUCGAGAAUCCUGUUUAUAUGCUCUUAAAUUUGAUUGUCUUAAAUUGUUAAUCAACACACUAAAUGGUAAACAAGAGGAAGAUGAGAUUGUCCUUCAGAUCAUUUUCACGUUUCAUUUGAUGCUUCGGGAACCCGAUGUUCGGAAGAUGAUCUUGUCACCCGAAACUCAGGUAAUGGCCUAUCUUUUUGAUCUGAUGAACGAUAAAAAUCAAGAGAUUCGUAAAUUGUGCAAGGCGAGUUUGAACAUUAUCUUCGAAGCUGAAGAUGGACACAAGGAUAAAAUUCGAGAGGAAAGUUUCAAGAUCUACAAUAAACAAUGGCUCGAAAUGAUCUUAUCAAGGCAAGAGAAUCAGUGUCCAAUCAGUGAACCUAAUGGUCGACGAGGAUUAAUUACCGAUGCCCCAAACAAUUACAAGAAUAGUGAUAAAAUUUACUCCAAUUCAAAUGGUGACCAUGAUUUUGAUGGCGAUGAUGGUGAUGAAAACUAUCACUUCCGUAACAAUGAUGAUGAUUUAAUUGGAAUGACUUAUAACAAUUUAGUACUUCGGACUGAUAUACUUUCCGAAUCACCUCCAUCAUCGGGACCAACCAUGACUGAUGAUCAAGAAGCUUCAUCAUGUUCAAUUAACGAGUCAACAAUCAAUAAUCAAUCAUCAUUAAUUAAUUCACGACCACAAACUGGUUACAAGAAAAGAGGAACGAGACGAACAAUUAAAUCAUCAUCAAUUGCAAAUGAUCAAAGAUCAACAGUGACAACAAACACCUCGAAAAACAUAAUUCAUUUAUAACAAUUAAUUUACUUGGAGAAAAUUAGAAUUAAUCUAAUUAACUUUGUUUUCUCGCUAUUUUCAAAUCAAAUGUACAAAAGAAAAGUUCUAGUCACAUAUUAGAAUAUCUGAAAGGAUUGACAUGUUAAUCGAAAUAUUUAUUCUUAAUCUAAUCGAUAUUUCCAAUUAAAAAUUAAUUUCUUUUUCGUAAGAAAAAGUUC